CAACCUGAUCCUUGCUAAUAGUGGAUCCACCAGCAAGCAUUCAGGCCCUUGAAGGCACCUUUGUGAUCAGCAAGCAACCUGGCCCACCGCUCUAUGUGAAAAUAGAGAAAAUGUCUUCCUCUUCCCAGGCUUCAUUGAGGUUUUUGCUUUCCAUCUUCAUGAGUGUUGUUAUGGUCACCUUCGCCAGCAAUUUCUAUAACGACGUUGAUCUUACAUGGGGUGAUCACCGUGCGAACAUACGCAACGGCGGCCAAAUUCUCACGCUUUCUCUUGACCACGAAUCUGGGUCUGGUUUCCAGUCCAAGAAUGAGUACCUAUUUGGAAGAUUCGACAUGCAAAUGAAGCUAGUGCCUGGGGACUCAGCUGGCACUGUGACAACAUUAUAUUUAUCUUCACAAGGAGGAGCCCACGAUGAGAUUGACUUCGAGUUCUUGGGGAACUUGUCUGGACAACCAUAUAUACUAAGUACAAAUAUAUAUUCUCAAGGAAAAGGAGACAGGGAACAACAAUUCUAUCUAUGGUUUGACCCCACAAAGAACUUCCACACUUACUCAGCCAUUUGGAACCGCAGAAAGAUAAUAUUCCUAGUGGAUAACAUACCUAUCAGAGUGUUCAGCAACUUGGAAUCCAUUGGUGUUCCAUUUCCCAAAAGCCAACCAAUGAGAGUUUACUCUACUAUCUGGAAUGGUGAUAGCUGGGCUACAAGAGGAGGACUUGUGAAGAUUGACUGGAGCAAAGCACCUUUCACAGCAACUUAUAGAAACUACAUUGCCAAUGCUUGUGUUUGGAUAUCUGGGAAGCCAUGUCGCAACAAGUCCAUCAAUGCAGCGGAAAACGUUUUCGCUGAGGAUAAAGCAAUACUUGGUCCUAAGGGCAGGGAAAGACUCAGAUGGGUGCAAAAGAAUUACAUGAUUUACAACUAUUGCACUGAUCUCAAACGAUUCCCUAAAGGUCUACCACCAGAAUGCAAGAGAUAAAGCUUCCUGUAGAGAGUCAAAAUCCGUGGAUUAAAGUGCUCGUUUGUUUUAUCUUAAAAACUCAAUCUCAUCAUUUUUAUACGUCGAUUUAUGUAUAUAGAUAUAAGAAAAAAAAUUUACAAAAAAAUUUCACUCUUUUUUCCUUCUUUGAGU